GGACCGGUGCAGAAACACACAAAGUCAUCAGGUAAAGUUUGGAAUAUGACAAUGGUGUUAACCACCCUAGUUAUGUCUAAUUUAACUUUAAUGGACUUCGGAAUUACAAGUGAAUCCCAAGACUUUGACUAGCAGGCAACCGGUGAACAGUUAGCCGAAUUAAAUUUGAUUAGCUGGCUAGCAAAGAGUUGUUUGCACAUUUCACCAGUUGACCGAAACAGUCGCACGUUCAGGAUGUCGGAAGAGAUCGUGAACUUCUCCGCGUUGGAGCGCGAGCUGCAAGGUGCCCUCGAGGCGGACAGGAAGUACCAGAGAGAAAACGACGCCAAGUUUCGAGCUUUGCACCAGAAAGUUGGAUCAUACGAAGAGUUUAGAGACAUUGUCCAGGCCUCUCACCUAAGGCCUCUGGACAAGAAGGACAAGGCAGGGGGUCCUCGCAAGCAACCUUGGAACUCCCUGGCCUCCUCCUUCUCUUCCUCCUCCUCCUCCUCCUUCUCUUCCUCCUCCACCGACACACCCAGGCAGCAACACGAGUGUUCCCUCCCCCUCCCCCAGCCCCUGCCCAGGACCACGUCUGAGCUGAGCAGGUGCUGGCGCCAGCUGGCUGGAGCCUGCAGGGGGCGCUACAGGCUGCUGCUGGCUCUGGGAGGGCCGGCCCUCAGGGACAUCUUCAGGGCAGAGGUCGGCUUCGGACUGCUAGGUGAGUUCCUGGUUGUGUUGUGUGAGGGUCUUCAGCCCGGUGAUGAGGGCAGGGUGACGGAGGUCUUGGAAGGACUGACCCAGACCCCCCGCUUCUCCCUCAACCUGGCCCUGCUCAGCCCCUCUGAGAGGGGUCGCUGUGAGACGCUGCUCCCCCUGCUGGCCACAGCUGCUCAGCGCGGCCGGGGGGAGCGCGGGAGGAGCGGUGAUGUGGGAGGUGACGGAGGAGAGGAGAAAGGGAGAGAAGGAGAGGAAGGGGAUAUAGAUGAUGCUGAGGAGCAAGGAGGGAAUGCUCAGUAUCAUUGUGACACGGCGGCCAUUCACAGGAAGAACCCAGACUAG